CUCAGCUCAGAGAGUAGACAGUUCCAACAUUAAUGACGCCCUCUUUCAAAUGUCCACUCGACCAAGACGUACGACCCGAAGCGCUGUCAGCUCUAAGACACCUCAAUAUGCAGCCCCGGCCUCAAAGCCGGCCUCUAACGACGGCCCCAACAUGCAGCACCUCUUGAAGAAUCCACGGAGUGCCCUGACAAAGAUGGAUAUUUCCACAAUCUUCAGUGCCGAAACUUGGUCUUUGCUCUCUGAGGACUCACGGGCCGUCUUGUCGACCUUGCUCCCACCGACGGCGUUCUUUGGAUACCAGCAGUCCAUUAGUAACGACCACCCGAGCAGGGAUACCUCAUCAUCAUCAUCCUCGUCGUCGUCAGGAACGCUCGACCCUUCCGUUUUCACCGAUGCGCACUUCCUUUCCGCCGCACACACCUUCCAAGACCACAUAUUCUCUGGGUGGACCACCGAUAGCCAUACCUCCAAGGUGGAGAAGUGCAAACAAGGUAUACGCGAUGGUACGCUUUCAGCGCCGUACAAAGACGAAGAGUGGGGAAGGCAAACCAGAAACGACGCCCAGUGGCUGACGCUUCCCGAGUCAUCUGCUCGUGCAGGGCAAGCUGCCGAGGUGAAAUUUACAGACCUCGUCCACAACGCCGUCAUACAAGUUGGGGAUCUCAUCUCAUAUAAACGAAAUUUCAUGAAUGGUAAUAUCGUCAUCGAGAAGGAUGCACUUGUACAGUCUAUCGAUCGAAGGACAAGAAGUGUGACGUUGUUGCUUCCCAGCGGUACGACGCAACAUCUUCCUGCUGCUUUGCUGCGGCGUGUACCAGGCGACCCGGACGAUUCCAUACGAAGUAUGACAGUCAUGUCUCCCUCUAUGCUGGAGACUGGCCUUUUGGAUAUUGAUGGACGAGUUGAGCGAGGAAAGCGGCCUAAUGGGAAUGCGUGGAAGUCUUUCACUCUGUGGCGGUGGAAAGACAGCGAUGAAGAGAUGUUCGACUUAGAUGAAAGAAGUGGGAGGGAGAGUCAUGGUACUCUCUUUUAUAUUCGUGGCUGCUUUUACUGUGACCGAUGACUAGUGCUAAGUUGCUGGUAUUUGAUGUACAUCUUAUGUAUGUUUCUAACACGGAUGGAAAUUGGAAUUACAUUGCUUCUGCUCAUCCUGUGGAUAAAUUUUGCAAAUAUGG